ACAGAGUAUGUGGUAAGCCUCUGCACAGGGUGGGAUGGGAAGAAUGAUGUCACUGAAGCACUAGUAAAAGAGGCCCCACCAGAGAGUCAGGGUGACAAUGCAGCCCAGGAGCAGCAGCAGUCCAGGCAAGAUGAUCUGGUCCUCCAUCUCCUCCUCCUCCUCCCUCCUCGUCCUCCUCCUCUUUCAUCUGCUGAUCUUCCUCCAGCCGGCCCAGCCUAAACAAGCCCCCUGCCGAACGGCCACCCGUGCGGAAUGCCGCCAUCAGCAGAAGUUCGUGCCAGGCUGGGAGCUGGCAGGGGAGGGGAUAGACGUCACCACUCUCCGCCGAACGGGCUACUUCCCUGUGGACACUCACAAAUUUGAGCGAUCCGAUGGCACUUGUACCCUGUGCCACAAUGAUAUGCUGGAAGGCCAGCUCCAGCGCCUUCCCUUGGCCAUCACGGACUGGCGGACCCAGAGUGCAAAUUGCCUUCGGCGUGUGACCAAGACCCAGGCCUCCUCUGUGGUGCAAGUGGCUGACGAGGCCGCCAAGAACAUCAAGAAUGAUUGGAAGGUGGGCCUGGAAAUCCAGGCCCAUUCCAGCAGUAAGGCUCAAGUGUCUGUGGCCGCAUCCCACUCGGAGGAUGCCCAGUUUGCAGCUGAAAAGAGCCACCAGGAUGUAUAUACUUUCACAAGGGAAUCCAUGCAGUGUGGUUACUACAGAUUUCACCUGGUAGAGAACCCCCCCCUGAAUCCAAAUUUCCUUCAGGCUGUCAAAGCCCUGCCCCACAAAUUCAAUGCCUCUACUAGAUCGGAUUACUAUCGGUUCAUCUCCAAUUAUGGCACCCACUUUCUCAAGUCCGUGGAGCUGGGGGGUCGGACCACAGACAUCACGGCGCUCCGUACCUGCCAGUUGGCCCUGAAUGGCUUGAAGGCCAAAGAUGUGAGUGACUGCCUCGAGGUGGAGGCAGAGGUGAGCGUGGGUAAUGUGGUUUCCUCGUCAAAACUCAACAAAUGUAGGGAGGAGAAGAAGAAGAAGAACAUCCAAGGCUCCUUCCACACCACGUACAGCGAGCGCAAAGUGGAGGUGGAGGGAGGGAAUCUGAGUGGGGCUUCAGCUGAACUGCUCUUCUCGGAUCAGGAUGGCGCUGGCAAGUUCUCAGAAUGGUUGGCAACCGUUCCCAGUAAGCCCGGCCUGCUGACCUAUAAACUGGAGUCCCUGCACUUUCUCCUGGGCUCGAAGAAUCUCUGGAGAGAGCAGCUGAGACAGGCCGUGAGCCACUAUGUGAGCCACAGAGCCCGCUGGAAGGACUGCAGCAAGCCGUGCCCUCCAGGGCAACAUAGAUCCCCCAAAAAUCCAUGCCAUUGCAUGUGCCCGACAACCCCCUUCACCAAUGAGGACUGCUGCCCCAAGGAGAAGGGGCUGGCUCAUCUGGAGCUGUCCAACUUCAGUGCCAAGAACCUGUGGGGAGACACCUUCACGGCAACGGACGCCUACAUCAAGGUCUUCUUCCACCACAAGGAGCUGAGGAGCCCCGUGGUGGCGAACAACAACAAUCCCACAUGGAACAUAAAGCUGGAUUUCGGGACUGUGCAGCUGGUGGGUGACACGCCCUUGAGGAUCCAGGUGUGGGACAGAGACAAUGGCUGGAACGAUGACCUUCUGGGCUCUUGUGACCGACUGCCGGUCAGCGGGAAGUGGUCGGAGAAUUGCUACUUCAAGCACGGCCAAUUCACGUUCCAUUACCGGGCCACAUGCGUCCCCCAUCUCAAGGGGGGCCACUGUUUGGAGUAUGCCCCUCGGGGAGCUCUUGGAGAACCCCCGGGAAACCGGAGUGGAGCCGUAUGGUGAGAGUCCCAACAAGGGGGGCAAAUGGCAGGAAGAGGGCUGUGUUCAAGACUUAAUAGACUAAAAUGUUGCAUGGUGCAAUGGGAGAAGUCAGAAAUCUAGAAUGAGAAGGGUUCAAAUUUCACACUCUUUUCCUUACUACCUGAGCUACUUUAAACAAAUCAUCAACUCUUGUGUCUCAGUUUCCUUGUUUUUGUUUUCUUGAUGAGUGCAUUGGACCGGAUGUCUUCUAAGAUCCCAUCCAAACUUAACAUUCAGUUUUCUGUUUAUUUAAUAAUCAUAAUCACCUAUUUUAACAUAAAAUGAUUCUCCCAUGAGCCCUCACCCAAUCCUGAUACUGGUAGGGUGUAACGGGGCUAUUUGAAAAAGCAGUGAAACAGGUUCCAGUGGAGUGGAUAAUUCCCCCCUGAAAAGGUUGUCAACCAGCCCAAGGGAUGAGCCUGCCCUGAGCCCAGUAUCCUGCACAUUCAGGUUGCAAAAUAGGAUGAAUAUCACGUUUUUUCAGGGCCAUUUUUAUGCCCAGAGCAAGCAGCAAAAAGCAUUUGAUUGGUGGAAAAAGGACACUGCAUCCCUAUGGAGCUGACUGGGAGCAAGAAAGGGGCUCACCCCAGCCCACUCCCUAGUAGCUUCUAUUUUAAUGAAUUUUUCCAGAUAACUGGCUACUAAGCACCAUUGCUUCUAUGGCUAAAGGACUUCAAGCACUUUUGUUGUUCUCUAAAUUUGCUGUCUUUGGCCAAUGCUCCAAUUGCCCUGCUCUAGUUAUAACUAAUAUCUAUUUGGCUCACUACUUUCUUGACCAUUAAAUGUAAAUUUCUUAAGUGCAGAAACUGUUUUAUUUUUGUCUCUGUGUAUCCAACUCCUAAAACAGUGCCUAGCACAUAGUAGGUGCUUAAAAAUGCUUUUUGACUUACUGGUUGAAUUGCCUGAACACACCCAUGUCACGGUUUGUCAGUUCUUUUGCCUUCAAGAAACAUUCAACUCAAACAUUUUUCCACUACCUACUAGGAGCACCAAAGCAGUACCUGCUUUAAAGGAACUCAUUGGCAUUAAGAGAUUUAUGCCAGAGCUUCUUAAACUUCUUCCACUUGCCUCCUUUUUGUUCAAGAAAAUUUUACAUGACCCCAGGUAUA